ACGAGAGAGAGACGAGAGAGAGACGAGAGAGAGAACAAGAGAGAGAGAGAGAGAGAGAGAGAGAACAGAGCGGUAGCUUGGCAUCAUUCUCAUUACAGAACAAGCUUCAGUCAUUGCUAAAAGGGAUCUCCCUCAUUAAAUUCAAGGGACUUUUUCUCAUUGUGCUUUUUCAUUUUUUAAAAACCAUGGUAACCAGUUUUUAAUUUUUUUUUAUUUUUUACUUGCAUUUAAACAAAUAUUUGAAUGAAACACUACUUGCUGGAGCACCUACCAAGUUUGGAGUGUGAGAAUUCCUGGCUGGUAUGUUGGACAUGUGUUGUAUUGUAGCACAACUUCCACAGUCAUAGGCUUGGGCACAAGUUUAACUGCGUACUGUACACAUAGCAGGAAGCUUGGUUCUCUAAACCGACUCUCUCUCUCACACACACACACACGUACACACACACCCACACACACACACACACACACACACACGCACACACACACGAACACGCACACAGACACAUGCACACAGACACACGCACGCACACACAAACACAGACUCAACUGUGGGAAUGACAAGGAGGGUGUUUCAGCACAGAGACCCAAGGCCACACUGGAAAAGCCAUGUGCGUUGCUGCUGAAGUGGAGACACUUGUGAACGCGCUUCGUGAGAAUGACAGGUACUGCCCGAAAUCCAGGCCCUCUGCCACCGGCAGCCUCGCGGAAACGCAGAUGGUAGAGAACAUUUGGUGACCACGGCGACAGAGGAAAGACUCAGGAGCCUCACACUGCCACAGGAACACGGACACACGCGCGUCAGGACAGACGGACAGACGGACAGAAUCCCUGGCCCGGGGCUGAUAAGGAGGGACAGAGGGCUGGAGGGGCGCGCUCCAAUCUGCCGAGCCUCUUCGAAAGAACCGAGACCCCCGCGAAGACCACAGAGGAGCGGAUGCAGGAAGUGAAUUUUGGCUGAUAGGACCCGCGUGGGACAAAGAGCGCAGCGUCCGCCUUCCGAAACUCCCAGGACUGUCCGAGGAGGGCCGACCAUUUUAAGACGACUCGCGCUCACGAGAAUGCACAGACACAGGCACACCGAAAUUUUUCUUUCUGAUGUCCCCGGCUUGCAGGCAUUUGUGGAGGCCGGACUUGGUGUGUACUAACAAGGACCAAACCAGGGCUCAAAGGAUGAACGACAAUGAAGAGCAGCCAUUCUCAACCCACACUCUGAUUUAGCCUCUGGAGAUGCACGAAGCAGAGCACUCCUGAUACACACAGCUUCAGGAACGAUAAAAACGAGUGAGGAGACCCAGACAAGGACGAGGUCUCUUGGCUAGCGCGUGAGCGGGACAGAGAACGGGAGAGAGAGAGAGAGAGAGAGAGAAACGGAGAGAGCGUUUGGGGGGUUCACAGAAGAAGAUGAUGGAAAAGCUGGAGCCCCCCAUUUCCCCGGGCCCUUCGACCCCGGCGGUCAGUGACAGACAGAGCCCUGUGGAGACCGUGUCCCCCAGGGCCAGCAGCCCCCCGCCAAAUGGGGCGGGGGCACAGGGAGGCACGGCCCAAAGCAGCCCCUCUGCGGAGCCCACCCCAACCCUCACCCCCACCCCCACUCCCACCCCCACCCAUGCAGCUGAGCCCAUCGCCUCUGAGACAGCCAACCAGGGAGCAGGGACCGGCUCCCCUUCCUCUACUUCGCCCCUCCUCCUCCCAGGCUCUGACCCUGCCCCCACAACCCCUCCCCUCACCCCGUCCUCCUCCGCCCCUCUCCCGCCCAACAUCCCUGUCAUCAGUCUGGGGCACAGCAAGCCCCCCAUCCCCCUCCCCCUCCCCAACCCCCAGUUCACCGCCCUGCACCCCAUCCCAAACCUGGCCCAGCUGACCUCACUCUCCAGCCCCAUGUCCUCGCCUGCCUCUCUGCUCCCCCCUGCAUACCUGUCCGGACACCCCUUCCUCAACAGUGCUUACCUUGGCCAAUCAGGAAACUACGGUAUUUAUACCAGCAGCCGCUUAAAGAGGAGGCCCUCCCUGCACUUUGAGAUGGAUCUGGCUGAGGCAGGUCCUCCUCAGAAGUUGGCGCGGCGUGUCUUCACCAACAGCAGGGAGCGCUGGCGGCAGCAGAACGUGAACGGGGCCUUCUCCGAGCUGCGCAAGCUCAUCCCCACGCACCCGCCCGACAAGAAGCUCAGCAAGAACGAGAUCCUGCGGCUCGCCAUGAAGUACAUCAACUUCCUGGUGCAGCUGCUGAGCGACCAGGACGGCGGCCUGGCCCGGGACACGGGGGCGGAGCAGCGGGAGGAGGGCGAGGACGCUGGAGAGAGGGCGAAAGGGGUCAAUUCGCCAGACCUGCACCCCCACCUGCGGCGCACCACGCCUCCUCUGGGACCCCCGUUGCCCGGCCGACCGGCCUUGAUCACCGCCUUCCAUGACAGGAACUCUUCUGAUUCCGUGAUUGCCCUGGCAACCUCCCCAAACUCCAGCUGCUAUGGAGACACCGACAGUGAGGAGAGCCUAGGUCCCAGGAACUCCGUCACGGUCACCCGUGGCAACAGCGGCUUGGAUAAGGUCAAGGAACAGCUGCGGACAAUGGCUACUGCGAGUGACCAGCGGUGACGUCGCAUUUGCAGCGACUGUGAAAAAAAAAAAAACACAAGUAGAAGAAUCAUUUGGGGAUUUAACAUCUAAACUGACAGUAUUCAAAUACAAUAUCUUUCAUUUAUUUUGAUCAUUUUGACUGUGAUACGGUAUGUUGUCAAAUAAUUUUGUGUGCAUGUGAGCGUGUGCAUUUGCACAUGCGUGUGCAUCCACAUUGGCGAUGCAAUUAUUUUUCCUAAAGGCUGCGAAUACACAUAGAUAAUAAAUAGUUUACAAUAGCCUGUCUUCGCUAUAUUACCAUAGAAACGUCACUGGAAGAACAAGAGAAAUGCACAGCUCAGGCCCACUCUACUCUGUGUGCCUCAGGUGUGUCUUUAUGUGGUGCAGAGCUCCACUCAAUCUGGCCCUGAGGUGCAUGGGCAUAGAAUGGCAAAUACAACAACAACCAAAAAACAAAACAAAACAAAACAAAACAAAACAAUAAGCUGCCAAAGAGUGUUUUGUGUGUGAGGAUAAAGACAAAUGAAGGUCAGGCAAGAGCCAUAUACUUGCUUCUGCUGUGUAUUCCCAUCAAACAUGUGUUGGGAGACAUUGAAUAUUAAACCCCUAUACAACAGGAAAAUACUAAUAAACUGCUCAUGCUCUUUUUUCAGGAAAAAAAAAUUACAUUUUUUGUCCACAAUGUCCAUGAGUGCUCUUCUAGGCACUGUUUGGUUCACACAGAACUGACCACACCUGAACUGUUUGGUUUUUUUUGUUUUUUUAUACAAAAACAAGUGACAGCUCACCGCUCAAUCUAUUUUAAGCUGGUCAAUAAUGAAAAAGAACAGCUUUUUUGUGUGUUUUCACGAAGAAAAAUAGAACAAAAAAAGAAGAAUAGAACUACAAAACCCUUCCACGGAUGUUGUGACACGACGUUGCACUAGGCAAAAAGAACAAGCCCCACUUUAACCUUCCGUGUUGAACAUCCUCUUAUUACACAAACAAAUCCUUUUACUCAAGAGCUCAUAUGUUCUCAAGCACUUCAGAUCUCCUCAGAGAGAGUCCACGUUGAAUGAUAUGAUUUAUUGAAGUAAGUUCCUUUCUCUGCUUGGGGGGGAAUAUUCUAGCAUUCUAGCAUAACAAGGUAUUAACCAUGACUAUUCCAAAUGUUCAUGAUGCCACAGAUAAUUCAUUAUUUAUUUUAUGUGAUUUGAUGAUAAACUCAUUGUGAGAAUGAGGUUUGUCAAAUUCAUCAAGAUUUAUUUCAAAGUGUGCGUUACAAACAGA